AUGGCUGCUGAUAAAGGUUCCGAGAAAACUUCGGUGCAAGUCGCACUUCGCAUAAGACCAAUUACAAACGAAGAUACUGCAAAUUUACCAACGCGAUUUCAACGACAAAUUCUUACAACAUCCUCGCAUAUACCAAAUCAAGUUGUCGUACAAGGGCAAAAUGAUAAAAAACCACAGAAUUUUAGCUUUGACCAUGUAUUUGGUCCAGAUACGAAACAGAACGAAGUAUUCGAGAAGGCGGUAUUAAAUUUAGUCGAUAAAUUCUUGGAGGGUUAUAAUGUGACAAUACUUGCUUAUGGGCAGACUUCCUCGGGUAAAACACACACGAUGGGAACGGUGGAUAAUUCUUCCAUACCUCCUGAAUACAAGGGAAUAAUUCCGCGUGCAAUGUCCACCCUCUUUUCUACCAUAAAUUCCGCUCAAUAUAAAACGAGAAAAUUUACAAUCAAAGUUUCAUUCGUUGAAAUAUAUAAUGAGGAUUUGAUAGAUUUAUUGGGAGAGCAAAUGGAUGGCGAGAAUAAGCCUCAGGUGGUGGUUCGAGAAGAUUCAAAGGGUAAUAUCCUUUGGAGUGGCUUACAGGAAAUGAGCGUUCAUAACGUCGAUGAGGUUAUUGAAUAUCUGGCGCGCGGAUCUUUAAAUCGACAGGUCGGUGCGACAAAUAUGAAUUCUCAAUCUUCCAGGUCUCACGCAAUCUUUUCGGUUGUUAUGUCGCAACAAAAAGGAUCGAACGCAUCGAGUUUACCAAUGUCUCCGACUAAUGGUAAUCCUAGAUCUUAUUCGCGAUUAAGUGGAUCCCGUCCGUCAUCGAGGUCACAGAUGAGGACGAGCAAUCGCGAUGAUGUAGAAAAUAUGACUGUGACAAGUAAAUUCCAUUUUGUCGAUCUGGCAGGAAGUGAACGGCUUAAACGAACUUCUGCAAUCGGGGAUCGUGCGAAAGAGGGUAUCUCAAUUAAUUCAGGUUUACUGGCUCUUGGGAAUGUAAUAUCCGCCUUGGGUGAUCCCUCAAAGGCGAAACAUACUACUCAUAUUCCAUAUAGAGAUUCUAAGCUUACUCGUUUAUUACAAGAUUCCCUCGGUGGUAACGCACAGACGUUGAUGAUCGCAUGCGUUUCACCUACUGAAUAUAAUCUCAACGAAACAAUUAAUACGCUCAAGUAUGCUAAUCGUGCUCGUAAUAUUAAAAAUUCCGCAGUCGUAAAUCAAGAGGAAACCGGUUGGAACGAUUUAGAACAUUUACAAUCCUUAGUAAUGAAACUUAGAUCGGAAAUUAAAGCUUUGAAAUCUGUUAAUCCGAAUUCAGAAAAUUCUUCUGAUGAUAUGUAUCAAAGUGAAUCUGGUCGAAGCACGCCAGUUCAUUUUCAAAGAGGGGAUGGUUUUAAAAGAUCAUCUCUCAAUACCUUUACGACUGCAAGCAUAAAAGCUACUUUAAAGCAUAACAAAGACAUUGAAUUAUUAGAGGAACAACUAAUGGAUUUACAACGUUCCUAUUCUGAAUUAUCACAAAAAUACGCGAUAACGACCGCCGAACUUGCCUUGCACCAAGAUAAUGAUGCCGCACAUCUAAUUAACGAACAUUCAAAUCAGUUGGGCGUGAUAAAAGAGGAAGAAGAAUCGGACUUUCGAAAAGCUGCAGAACCUGUAAUUGAAGAGUAUGAAAAAUCUAUUUCUUCACUUGAAAGUCAACUUGCUCUAUCACAUGCUGCUUUAAGUCAUACUGAAACUUUAAUGCAAGACCGAGAAGGUAAAUUAGAGUAUGCAGUGCAAAUUAAUGAACAAAAUAUUAAUUUAAUAAAUGACUUUAAAAAGAAAAUCUCAAAUCUCAGUGAGCGUGAAUCUACAAGCGAACAAUAUAUUAAAGAACUUGAAGAUAGACUUGAGAAUCACUCCAAACAACAAAAGGGAGAUCAAGAGUUGAUUAAUGAAUUAAAAAGCAAUAUCGCUCAUUUGAAAACAAGUGAAGCUAACACCGAAUCUUACGUUACAACUCUUGAGACGCGCCUUGAGUCAAGUGAUCAACGAGUUGAAAAGUUUACUCAGGUUGUUGAAAGAUUAGAAAAAAGGUUGCAGCAAAGGGAGGAAGCUUAUCUUGAGUUAGAAUCAAAGAUGAAAUCUUCAUAUUCUGAAGAAGAAAUGAAAUUGUUACGGGAAGAAAUCGAAGAACGUGAUCAUAGAAUCUUGCGACUUGAAAAAAAAGUUGAUGAACUUGUAAAUGAGUUAGAGUUAUUGAGAAGGUUAAAAGGUAAAGAGGGUGCCGAUGAAAGAUCCACUUUAACUUCUUUGAUUACUAAUUCUUCAGAAUCGUCAGUGAGUAAUCAAGAAAAAUUGAUUAUAAUGUCCCUCGAAGAAAAAUUAGAAGACUUACAUAAAGUGCAUGAACAAACUGUUAACGAGUUCAGUGAAAUCAAAAAUAAAUAUGAGGGAUGUCUUCAAGAAAUUCAUGAACUACAGAGCCAAUUGACUGAAGUGAAAUUGAAUCAUUCGGAUUUAUUUGAUUCUGAUCCUUCAAGCCCAUCAACUCCAUCGACGCCAUUUUCUAAUUCAGUAAGAAUGUCUCUUCCUCCUGUACGUAUUAAUAAGGAACGAAACAAAGACGCGCUAGCUUUUGUCAAUGCUAUGGUUGCCGCUAGAAAAAGAUCACAUCGUAGAGCCAGCUCAUUAUCACCAGAAAUUAUUGAUAAAGAGAAGAAAGACAUUACCCACGAAGCAAUUGUCAAAAAACUUCAGAAUGAAAUUCAACAACUUGAAUCCUUGCAUCAAGAUAAGGCAAGCGGUUUGGAAAUUUUUAAACAUGAAUUUGCACGUUUAGAAAUGACUCAUCGUGAAACUUUGGAGGUUGUACAAGAGCUUCGUGAAGAAAUAAAGAGACGUGAUGCAUUAGCUCAGUUGGAAGUGAUGUCAGUAAUAGCAUCUUCAGAUGGUGAUAUGUCGGGAUUUACAAGUGAAAUUGAUGAACAUGAAAUCAUACAUCGUCUGCGUGAAGAGGUAGAAAAUCUUCGGGAAGAACAGAGGGAAAUACUUGAAUCCAUCUCUGAACGGGAAAAAGACAUUUGUAAAAAAGGUUCACAAGUUGUAAAUUUGGUUUCGAAUAUCCGUGAGCUUCGUGAACAAUUAUGUCUUGCACUUGAAAAGGAUCAAAAGAUAUCAGAUGAAAACAAUGCAGAAAAUACAAAUCUUAUUAAAGAAUUACAAAUCAAGGUUAAAGAUUUAGAGCAACAACUUGAAAGAGAACAAGGAGAACAUAUACAUUAUGAAGUCUCUAGCGUCGUCAACGAACCUAAUGAACUAGACGAUUCAAAUAAUCAAAAAUCAGAACAUGACAAAGAACUCCAACAAAGAACAGAAGAAGUUGAUAACGAGAUUAUUUGCCUUAAAUCAAAAGCAGAAAAACUUCAGGCUGUAAUCGAGGCAAAAAGUCAUACAAUCGCGGUUCUUUUAUUGCCAACUGUUGAACAGGAUACGAUUCGCAAACUUGAAGAUGAGCUUCAUGAAGUUAGACAGACUUAUCACGAGGCAUUGGAAAAAAGUAACAAUGAUCAAGAGACCCCAAAUUUUGUUUUAAAAGAAACUUUGGGCGAGUUAGAACAAAAUGUUAACGAAAAUCUUACAGAAUUAGGAGAUAAAAUUAAAUAUCUUGAAAAUCAGCUGUCAAAAGCUAAAGAGUCACAACAUGAGACUUCACGAAAUUCAUUGGUUUUUUCAAUGAAUCCUACACGAAAAACUGUUGAGAUUCUUCAAGAAAAUCUUGCCAUAUUGCAACAAGAAAUAUUUAACAAAUUCGAUAAAGCCCAACACUCAUCAAGUGAUGGAGACUUAAUAGCAGAAUUACGGUCACAACUUGAUAAACUCAAUUCGGAUAUUAAAGAGAAGUAUGAACUUAUAGAAACUUUGAAAAAAGACUUGGUUGAUAAGAGUGUUAUACAACAAAAAUUAAGGGAGAAAGAAGCCGAAGCAUCUUCACUAAGGUUACAACUUUCCGAAGUUAAGGAUCGCGAUGAAGAGAUGCAAAAUCAAAUUAAACAACUUCAAAUCGAGUUAGAAAAAAUUGAAUCCCAUAAAGUGGAUAAUGAGGCUUUAACUUCCGAAUUAGAAGUUGUAAGAAAAGAACUAAAAAAUUCCAAAGAAAAAGAAUCUUUUGCAUUUGAACGUUUGAAAAUGUUGGAUGUUGAAGAAACAAAAAUUCGUCAAGAGAUGAAACGGUUGAGAAACAUUGAGCUUUUGCAAAAAGAAAGAAUUACGGUUUUAGAAUCUAGAUUAUCUAGAAAUAGUUAUGGACUUUUUGAUGGUGAUGCUGUAAAAUUGAAAAGUGAAUUAGUAGCAGCAAAAGAAAUAGAAAUGUUACAAAAGAAGACGAUUGCUGACCUUGAAUCGAAACUCGAAAAAUCUAUAAUGGAAUAUAAAUCGUUACAAACAAAGAUUGACUAUAUUAAAUCUAAAGCUUUAAUAAACCAAAAUCAAAUUCUUCAACGAGAAAAUCAAUUAGCUAAUAAUGAAGAUUCGGAGAAAGUUAAACAACUAAAGGAAGAAAUUGAAAAUUUGCCAAAAAAAGAAACCGAAAAGUUACAGAUAGUGAAGGAAGAGAUUAAAUUAUUGAAAGUAUUAGAAUCUGAACAAAAAUCUAUUAUUGAUCAAUUACAGGUUCAACUUCAAGAGAAAACUCUUGCCAAAGAUUCUGUUAUUAAAGAGUUGGAAAGUUUAAAAAAGGAUUUUGGUUUACAAAAGGAAAUAAUUGUUACAUUAGAAGGGGAACUUAAAAACGUAAGGGAGGAAUUGGGUUUAGUAACUGAAAAUAAUGAUGCCAGUUCAAAAAAACUUGAAGAUUUAUCCAAAAUGUUGAAAGUCACUUUAUUACAACGAGAUACGGAAGUGAAAAAAUCAAAAGGUUUGGAAAGUCAAGUGGAACAAUUAAAAAUUUCAACAACUGCUGGACAAAAAGAAAUUACUACGCUUCAAAAUCAAUUAACAAACUCCAAGCUCGAAAUGGGGAAACAGAAUGAACUUUUAGCAAAACUCGGAGGAAAAAUGAUGAUUAUUGAAAAAGAACGCGAACAGCAUGCUUUACGAAUUGAAGAACUAAAUGAGACAAUUAAAAUUAAAGAAGCCGAACAAAAAGAAGCAGUUUCAACUUUAGAGUCUAUAAUAACAAAUCUUCAGAUGCAACUUGUCGAAACUGAGAAUUCAUCACAAGUUGAUGCGAAAACGAUUAAAAGACUUGGUGACAAACUUGCUACAGUCGAAACACAGCUGGAGAAAGCGAAAGCUUCAGAUCGAAAGCGUGCACAGAUAAUAAAUGAAUUUGAGGGUAAAUUGAAGAAAACCAAUUUCACUUUGAUGGAGAAAGAACAAUUAUUAUCUACGCAAGUUACCCUUAUCCAAGAGUUGGAAGAAAUUGCUGAGAAAGCACAAAUUGAACUUAAAGAUGCAAAAAAAUCCGAGGCCGUUGCAUCCAAAAGAGCCAAGGAGCUUGAAGUGAAACUUGAUGAAUUCCAAGCUAAAUAUGAAGGAAAUUUAUCAUCACUUAAUGAUAGUAUGAAUAAAAUCAAGAAUGAACUUAAAGAAGUCAGAAGUUCUAAAGUUAAACAAACCGAAUUGAUCGACACACUUGAAGUGCAACUUCAAGAAGCGGAAAUUAAUAGGGAUCGAGAAAUGUCUAAACUUCAGAAAGCAAAUGUUGAAGUUGCAACACUAAAAGAACAAUGUGAUCAGUUGAAAAGUCAAAUCAAUGACGCAAAUACUUUACAAAAUUAUAAGAAUAUAGAUAUUUCUAUCGUUGAAGAUCUGACCAAACAACUUGAAACAGCUAAAGCUGAAUCGAUUACAUAUCAUGAUCGUGUAGAAGAAUUAGAAAAUAUAACAAGAAAACUUGAGUCUGAUAAGAAAGGUCAGGUGAAAACGAAUGCUAAUUUAUUACAACAAGUUGAACAGCUUCAAAAGAAAUUAGAAUCCUUAACCGAAGAAUUUCUUGAUUCUGCUGCAAAACAAGAGGAUGCUGAUAUGCUUUCGAAUGAUCAAAAGAAUCGCAUUACUGAUUUAGAAAAUGCACUUGCAGAAGUAAAGAAAAUAAAAACCAACCAUUUUAUUACCUUUAACAAAGAAACGGAGAAUCAGGAUGAUGGAUCAACCAAAUUUUCUUUUGCAAAAAUAGCAGAAGUUAACGAAAGUCUAAAUAAAACUAAUGAGAAUCUCACAACAAAAAUUUUACAAGCUCAAAUUCGAAUGAAUGCUCUAAGUCAAAAGAUAAAGCAUUUGGAGAGUGAACUUUUGAGCAUCAGAAUUUUCGAGAAAAAUGCUUCUAAUGAUUCUGAUUCUAAAGAUGGUGAAUCGUUUAAAAAUCUUAAAGGAAAAAUUAGAGAACUUGAAGCUGAAAAAGAAGGACUAGAACGAGCUAAUUCUGCAUUCUGUGAAGAGCGCAUUAAACUUGAUCAAAAGAUAGAAUCUUUAUUACAGCAGUUAGAAACAACAGGUCAUGGAGGAAAUGGAACUGCUUCACAACUUUCCGAAUUAAAUAAUAAAAUAAUUGAACUUGAAAACGAGGUUUCAAGCUUAAAACAAAAGUCUGAAACAGAUUCAGUAGAGAUGAAGGGAGAAAUUUCAAGAUUAUUGGAAAUUAACGAAAAAUUAGGGAAACAAUGUCAAAAGAACGAGAUCAAGAACCAUGUAAAAUCUGUUGUUCCAAGAAGCAGUUCAAUGCCACCACACAAAUUGGAGCAAAUUUCUCCUACAGUUAAAGAACGUCCAAGAAUUACAAGUCUUGACGGUUCAAUACAAACAAAACUUUCACAACAAGAAUGCACUAUUAUAGAGCAAGAAGAUAUUAUCAAAGCUCUUAAAGAAAGGAUAUUUGAGCUUGAAACUCGCACAGAUGAUGAAUCGUUGUAUGAAGUAUCUUUAACUAGUGGAAUGCUGGCAACCGAUCUUGAAGCCGUUGGCGGUUUCCGUUUGUCUACAAUGCCAUCAAACUUUUCAGAUAUUGUGAAGAGAAAGAAUAUAAAACCAAAUGCUAUUGCUGCAAUUGCGAACCUUCCGAUCACUCCUCCACCAACGCCACCGCCAUCUCAUUCUUUAUUAACAAGUUCUGGACAUGGUACAAUUAGUCCGCCUCCAAGAAAUGCUAGUUCACCUAGGCCCGAUUCACGAACUGGAUUCGACUUUAAUAAUGCUCAUUCGGCAGAAUUUACAGUGGAGAUUCAAAAAUUACAUAGAAGAAUUGCUAAAAUGGAAGGCGAAAGUCUUGAGAGCAAACAUCUAAUUGAUACUCUAGAAAAUUCGUUGACAGAAAAUGAAACAAAUCUACGCGUUGCAAAACAACAAUUGCAAAUAUUACAGCGUGAAAAGAUGGAUCUUUUGGAUCAAAUCAAGAAAUUGAAAUCAGAAUUAGAUGAAAUGACCGAUUUAUAUGAAGACGCAAAAUCAUCUGUACAAAAAGAAAAGCAGGUUAUAGAAACUGUUUUAGAAGAAGAAAGAAAGGCGAAAGAAUGCGCUGAAAAAGCAAGACGACAACUUGAAACUCGUAUGGAAGAACUUAUGGCCAAGAAAAGCAAAUUUAUGUGCUUCUAA